AUGAGUGUACGCGUUGUGGCGCGAGUGCGGCCAUUGCUCAAGAACGAGGUUGCCAACGACGUGAUUGUUGAGGCGGCCAACUCUGCCAUUUCCAUCCCGAACCCCAARAGCGACGCGGAGAAAUACUCGUUUCAGUUCAGCAGCGUGUACGAUCAGGAUGCCAGCCAGAGCGACCUGUUCGAUGCGGAAAUCAGUCCGAAUGUCAAGCACAUCUUCAAGGGAUUCGAUGUUACCCUCUUCGCGUAUGGAGUCACGGGGACCGGCAAAACACACACGAUGCGUGGAGGAAAGAGUCUGGCGGAGCGCGGUGUCAUCCCACGAUUGCUCUCGGCCAUCUACCGCAAGGCGCGAAAGGUGGAGAAGGAUACCGCGGGCGACACCAGCGUCGAGGUGGUCAUGAGCUAUUACGAAAUUUACAAUGACCGCGUCUUCGACCUCUUCCAGCCUCCAGAGAAGCGCACUCCUGCGGGACUUGCCAUCCGGGACAAUUCCAGCGGCAAGGCCAUUGUUGUCGGUCUGACGGAGCGGCCUUGCACCAACUUGAAGGACUUUGAAAAGGCUUACGACGAGGCUAAUCUCAACCGCUCGACCUCCGCCACGAAGCUCAAUGCGCACUCGUCACGAUCGCAUGCUGUCCUCUGCGUCAAGGUCACCCAAAUUACCGGCAAUGAAGUGAGAGUCAGCACCGCCUCCGCGAUUGAUCUGGCUGGCUCCGAGGACAACCGCCGGACGGACAACAACAAAGACCGCCUGGUGGAGAGUGCGAGUAUCAACAAGUCCCUCUUCGUCCUGGCGUCGUGCGUAGAAGCCAUUUCACGGAAACAAUCCCGAAUUCCUUACCGCGAAUCCAAAAUGACGCGAAUUCUGGCUCUUGGUCAGAACAAUGGCUUGACAAUCAUGAUCCUCAACCUCGCCCCUGUGCGCAGCUACCACCUUGAUACAUUGAGCAGUCUCAACUUUGCCAACAGAACCAAGAAGAUCGAAGUGAAUGAGAUUGAGAACGUGCCUUUCUUCCGCGAAGGCGCCGCUCCCACCAGCAAAACCAAAUUUGAAAGCGCUACAGGACUAACAGCACCGUCGAUGAAUCGUCAACCGCUUCGUUCCAAGAUCCUCUCCCAGAACAGCCAUCUCAAGGAUGUCGGAGGAACCACAKCCACCGCCAAACCUGCCAAGCAAUUCGCAGUCUUUUCUGACAAGCCCAAGCCAGGACCAAAGGCCAUCAAUGUCGCAAAUACCGCUCAGAUUCGUCCCACAGCUGCUCUGAAAUCACCUAAACGAACCAGCAGCGAAGCCACUAUGGGACAUUUCGGCCGCCCUGCAAAGGCACUCCGCGCCAGCGUUGCCGAAGCCGCACCAGGCAUGUCCCAGGAAGCCAUUGAGCGCCUGAUCGAGCAGAAAGUGAGCGAGGCUCUUGCGCUCGGCCAGCAGAAGAAGACCCGGGACCUUCCUGCUGCUGCCGAAGUAGCUAUCUCUGAUGAAGUCCAGCGUCGACUUGAUGCUUUGGAGAAGCGCGUAGAGGGUCAGGAGACGGAACGCGCGGAGGGAUUGCAAUAUCUCCUCAUGGCGAAACAACAUCAAGUGCGAGGGGAGGAUCUGAGUGCGUUGAAAAUGUACGAGCUUGCCCUCCCACACUUUCCGGGGAAUGCGAAACUGGCAAGGAAGAUGGGUGUAUUGAGAGACAGGAUUGAGAGCAAGAGGGCAGAAAAGGAGAGGUCAAGAGAAGAGGAAAUGGAAUUCGUACGACCGCAAAGCAUGAGGAAGGCUGUGGAUGACGAAGAUGAAGGAGAUGAGUCUUACCACGAAGAAGUUAUCGAUGAGGCCGAGGACGAAGAUGAUGACUUCGUGUUCAAGAAGCCCGCGGCUCCGAGGACCAGAAUUCGAGCACGACCGCUCACGAGCAUCCCACUCCAAGCCUCCAAUGCUAGACAUCAACGGACUGUGUCUUUGGAUUCGGCGACGAAACAUCCUGGUCCGACCAUGUCUGAGACGGAAGAAGAUUCUGAAGAUGAAUUGGCCAAGAGUUUGCUUAGGAUGCAGACUCCACGGACCAAACAACUUUUACACAUCAUCAACUCGCGAGACGUCAGUAGAAUUCAGCUUUUGAAGGGGGUUGGGAAGAAGAAGGCGGAAGCCAUUGUCAAUUGUCUGCUUGAUUUGGAGGUCGGAGAGGUUAGAAGUUUGGGAGAGUUGGGAGGUUUGAAGGGAGUGGGUGCCAAAGGGGUGGAGAACAUGAGGGUCGGAUUGUUGGAGUUUUGA